CAAUAUUUGACAGUGGCACCGCUGCAGCAUAAAACCCACCAUCGAGGUACCGAGGCAAAUUACUGCGCCCAAGGUCCCCGUUGCCGCGGGGGCUACGGCUGGGUCAACAGUCAGGGCCAAUCCUACGCCAAGUCCUACGCACAGUUUGUGCGCAUUCGUCGUUGCUCCAACUUUGAGCGCGGGUAUGACUGCCGCCAAAGAAGGUCUUUGGGACCUGGCUCCGAAACCAAGACCAGUGAGGAGACUUGCCUUAUUUGCCAACUCUGGUAA